UGCUGAAGAACAGCGCAAAUCAGCCUCCAAAAACUCCAACCGUAAGAAUUCUCGUGAAGAACAGUCAGUCGACCGAUCUGGUAAACUGAUCAAAUCUGAGAAGAGUGAAUCCAGCGAGAACGAGUCUUCUAAAUCCGAUUCAGCUAAUUCCAAGCGUUCGAAGUCGAGCAAAUCUAUAAAGAAGGGCUCUAAGGGCGAAAGCGAAAGUGUGGUCUCGAAGAACGAACGAGAGGAUUCAUCGAACAGCGAAUCGAACAAGAAAUCUAAGAAAUCUAAGUCUGUCAGCAAAAACGGUGACUCAGUUAGCACUUCGGAACAAGAGAGUAACGAGGAAAGUAGAAAGUCUGGAAAGAAGUCCAGAUCGAAGAACGAAAAGAAUGUAAAGAUUAAGAGGAAGAACGGAGAUGAGGAAUCUUCUACGGAAGUCGAUGAGAGCGAGUCCAGCCAAAACGAGAGUAGCUCAAGCCAAAGUGAGUCUUCGAAGAAGUCAAACCGCCGUCGUAAGGGUGGAAAGAGACCAUGCAAGGGAAACAAACCCGGUGGACCAGGAGCACCAGGCAGCCCAGGAACGCCAGGAGGACCAGGAGCACCAGGUGGACCGGGUGGCCCAGGAACACCAGGAUCAGGUAGUCAUCCAGGAUCACCAGGCUUACCAGGAACACCAGGCUCACCAGGAACACCAGGAGGACCAGGAGGGCCAGGAGGACCAGGAGGACCAGGUGGCAAACCAGGCAAGCCAGGUGGCAAACCAGGCAAGCCAGGUGGCAAACCAGGCAAGCCAGACCACCAUAAACCUUGCCAUGGUAAGCCAGGCCCAGGUGCUCCAAGUGGACCAGGAGGACCAGGCAGCCCAGGAACGCCAGGAGGACCAGGAGGGCCAGGAGGACCAGGUGGUCCAGGAGCACCAGGUGGCCCAGGAAAACCAAUAGUACCAGGAGGACCAGGAUCACCAGGAACAGGC